AUGCCCCUUCGUGGAAAGCAGUUAAUGGGUGGCGUGACCGCUGCGUGCGGUCUGGGUUUUCUCCUUUUUGGAUACGACCAAGGAGUCAUGGGAGGAGUAAUCGGCUCCGCUACAUUUGUGAAGCAGUUCAAUGAUCCAAAUGCCCUCACCCAAGGCCUGAUUACAGGAUUAUACGACCUCGGCUGCCUCAUUGGGUCCAUAGCAGCGUUCUUCUUCUCUGAGCCCAUCGGGCGGAAGAAGUCGAUCUGUACGGGUUCAUUUGUUGUUUGCCUGGGAACAAUUCUCCAGGUGACCGCAUUUUCAGUCGGACAUCUGAUAGCAGGCAGAAUUGUCACUGGAAUUGGGAUCGGUAUAAACACUUCAAUUAUUCCUACUUGGCAAUCUGAGGUUUGUUCGGCUCGCCACCGGGGACAGCUUGUCACCAUAGAGGCUGCUUUGAUUAUUUGCGGACUCGCUAUAUCAAACUGGGUUUGCUUUGUUCCGUUCCUGGUGGAAAGCCCACGCUGGCUUGCCAAUCACAAGAGUCUCGCCGAAGCGGCGAAGACAAUCGCCCAGCUUAAAGAUGUACCGGAGGAUGACCCAGAGGUUACUUCAAUAAUCCGUGAAAUCGAGAUGGCUUUGGAAGAAGAAAGCUCUGCCAGUGCAUGGUAUACGAUCUUCACAAAUGGGGGUGAGCAAAACUUUAGGCGGAUGAUGCUUGGCGUGGGAGGAUUGUAUAUGCAACAGAUGUGUGGGAUCAACUCUAUUGGUUAUUACCUCCCUGUUAUACUGCAACAGUACAUCGGCCUUAGCAACACCCUCUCCCUUAUUCUUGCAUCGGUAGCCGCCACUCAGUUUUUCAUAAUUUCGCUCACCCCAAUCUGGUUUAUCGAGAGAGCAGGGCGUCGCAACUGCAUGAUUUGGGGAGCUAUCGCACAAGCAAUCAUCAUGGCUCUUCUAUGUGUUGGCUUUGCGAUUGGCACAAAGACAGCACUUGCCAUGAUGGUAGCAAUGUUUUUCCUAUUUGACGAUGCCUUUGCUGUCAGCUUUCUAAACGUGCCCUGGAUGUACGCCCCGGAGAUUAACUCGUUGAAAAUGAGAACCAAGGGCGGAGCUGCUGCUGCUGCAUCGAACUGGCUCUUCAACGGAAUCGUCGUAACUGUCACACCGAUGGGAUUGGCUAAUCUUAGAUGGAGAUAUUAUCUCAUAUUUGUUGUGUUAAACCUCUCAUUUAUUCCUCUAAUCUACUUCUGCUACCCUGAGACGAAGGGCGUCACCCUUGAGCAGAUGGACCACAUCUUUAUUGGAAAAGGGACUGGUCUCAGCGCUCUCACUCAAGGGGUGAAGGAGAGCAUCUAUGUGAAAAGACAUUAUCAGCAAGAAAUUGAGAAUAUUGACGAAGAGUCGGGAAUUGAAGAGGAAGGUAGGAAAGAUGCUCAACAGAUGCAUAUUGAAAUGGCGACCGCAUAA